AUGCUCACACAAACCACACGGAACCGACCUCCGCGGCAGCUUGUGGUGAUUGCAGCCAGGCUCAGCGCAAAGCACCAGGGCGUUGGAUUGGAAUGGGUACGACGAGCUGGGCGCCUGCAGCUCCUCACAGUGAUUGGAGAAUGGAUCCCAGACAACAAAUUUCCUGCUGCCAAUCUCUCUGAGGAGGACGCGGCCGUGGCGGCAGUCAUAGACCGAUCUAGCACCGCCGUUGCCGUACCUUGGCUGGGGCCGCGAGGAGGCUGCCGUGGCGAGGAAGAAACCAGGGAAGGGCCCUACGGAAUCGAGAUUGUAGAAGAAGCCGAGCAGAGGGGCACCUCAGUGGAAGGCGCGGUAGCGGCGGAGGAAGGCCGGGUCGGAGGCGACGCGGAGCCAGAGCUUGCAGACGACGGAGGCGCGGAAGAGGUGCGCUGGCUCGUCCGGCGGGAUGCGGAGGAGGAUCUCCGCGGUGACGUCUUCUUUCAGCUCCGGCGUCCAGCGCUGCCGCCGCGCCAUGGGGAGGGCCGGAGGGGUGUGGGCGCUCGUGCUCAGCGGAGGUGA